AAAAGGAAGAUACAGGAACCUUCAUGGUGUCUGGUAUUCCCAGAAACAGUUGCUUGUGAAGCUGAGAAUGUCAGAAACAUCUACCACCAGCUUGGGAGGCAGGAGAUCAGUCCCACUCAACAACUCCAAUGCUUUGGAAGAUGACCUCCCCACUGUGGAGCUGCACGGUCUGGUGCCCCGAGGUGUCAGCCUGCAAGACUAUCUGAAUGUCACAAAUAUUCACUUGUUCAAGGAAAGGUGGGACACCAACAAAGUGGACCAUCACACUGACAAGUAUGACAACAACAAGUUGAUUGUACGCCGAGGACAGCCUUUCUAUAUCCAGAUUGACUUCAAUCGUCCCUUUGAUCUGCGAAGGGAUCUCUUCAGAGUUGAGUAUGUCAUUGGUCGGUACCCACAGGAAAACAAGGGCACUUACAUUCCUGUUCCGGUUGUCACAGAACUACAACAGGGGAAGUGGGGGGCCAAAGUUGUCAUGAAAGAAGAUAGGUCCAUCCGGCUGUCUGUUCAACCAUCCCCGAAAUGCAUUGUGGGAAAGUUCCGCAUGUAUGUUGCUGUCUGGACGCCUUACGGCAUAGUCCGCACCAGCCGGAACCCAGAAACAGACACAUACAUUCUCUUCAAUCCUUGGUGUGAAGAGGAUGCUGUCUAUCUGGAUGAUGAGAAAGAACGAGAAGAAUAUGUCUUGAACGACAUUGGUGUUAUUUUCCAUGGAGACUUCAAGGCCAUCAAGAAUAGAAGCUGGAGCUAUGGUCAGUUUGAAGAUGGUAUUCUUGAUGCAUGCCUUUAUGUGAUGGACAGAGCAAAAAUGGACCUCUCUGGUAGAGGGAAUCCCAUCAAAGUCAGCCGAGUUGGAUCUACCAUGAUUAAUUCCAAAGAUGAUGAAGGUGUCCUUGUUGGGUCCUGGGACAAUAUCUAUGCCUAUGGUGUCCCCCCAUCAGCCUGGACUGGAAGUGUGGACAUCCUGUUGGAAUACCAGAGUUCUCAGAAUCCAGUCCGCUAUGGCCAGUGUUGGGUUUUUGCUGGUGUGUUUAACACUUUUUUGCGGUGCCUUGGGAUACCAGCAAGAGUCGUUACCAAUUAUUUCUCAGCCCACGAUAACGAUGCCAAUCUGCAAACGGAUAUCUUUCUGGAAGAAGAUGGGAAUGUAAACAAGAAGCUCACAAAGGAUUCGGUGUGGAACUACCACUGCUGGAACGAGGCCUGGAUGACACGGCCGGACCUUCCUGUUGGAUUUGGUGGUUGGCAAGUUGUGGACAGCACCCCCCAGGAGAAUAGCGAUGGGAUGUACCGGUGCGGCCCUGCCUCUGUGCAAGCCAUCAAGCAUGGCCAUGUUUGCUUCCAGUUUGAUGCGCCCUUUGUUUUCGCCGAGGUCAACAGCGAUCUUGUCUACAUCACAGCCAAAAAAGAUGGCACACAUGUGGUGGAAGCGGUGGAUUCCACCCACACAGGGAAAUUAAUUGUGACCAAACAAGUUGGAGGAGAUGGCAUACAAGAUAUUACUGAUACUUAUAAAUUUCAAGAAGGUCAAGAAGAGGAAAGGUUGGCCCUGGAAACUGCCCUGAUGUAUGGAGCUAAAAAGCCCCUCAACACAGAAAGCAUCGUCAAGCCACAGUCAGAUGUUGACAUGGACUUUAAAGUGGGAAAUGCCGUGCUGGGUAAAGACUUCAAAAUCACCAUCAUGUUCCAGAACAAUAGCUCCAACCGGUACACCGUCUCAGCUUAUCUCUCAGGCAACAUCACCUUCUACACCGGGGUCUCCAAGACCGAGUUCAAGAAGGAGACAUUUGAGGUCACACUGGAGCCCUUAUCCUUCAAGGAAGAGGAGGUGCUGGUCAGAGCCGGCGAGUACAUGGGCCAGCUGCUGGAACAAGCCUCCCUGCACUUCUUCGUCACAGCCCGGGUCAACCAGACCAAGGAUGUCCUGGCUAAGCAGAAGUCCACUAUGCUAACGAUCCCCAAGGUCAUCAUCAAGCCACCAGCCAGCCAGAUUAAGAUCGAGAGGAUUUCCAGACACAUCAAAGCUGUUCUUAUUUUCUCUAGUCAACAGCCCCAAACUACCCACCUACCUCUACCAACCGUGUCUGUGACUUCUACCAGAGUUUUGCAGAUUGUUUGGGCUAAUAAUUUGGUGAAUAGUGGAGGAGAGAUCUGGUACAGGAGAAUACCUAUUCCCAGUGAAAUACAACCCAACAACACUGUGCAGUGGGAAGAAGUGUUCCGUCCUUGGGUCUCUGGCCCACGGAAGCUGAUGGCCAGCAUGACCAGCGACACCCUGAGACACGUGUAUGGCGAGCUUGACUUGGAGAUUCAGAAGCAACCUGUGUAAACACAUGGGAGACUGAGAUGCAGCAUGCACUUGGCCUCUUGUAGCAUUGGCCAAGGAUCCUCUAAUACACAAAUAAUCAGCUCUUGCUUUAAGUUAGAUGCAAAGGCCAUACAGUUCUGGCUAUAACCCUGCAUUGGGGUGCCUGCUGUUCAAAUACACACGUUCCCAAGCCCACAGUAUUCUGAAUGGAAGUUAGAUUUUAAUUGCCAGCUUCCAAAGGAUUCUGAGCAUUAGCUUUAAUUAAGCUCUAAUUAAGCUCUCAUAGCUCAUAAGUGUAAAAGUCAUCAUUUAUCAUCUCAAAUGACUGCAGCUUCAAAUAUCAGAAGACUUCCCUUAGCAAGGAGAUUUGCUCAAUACCUGGCCUCAUUUAAAAGGACUUCUGAUCCUUCUACUGAUCGGUAACACAUUCCCCAAAAGGGAGGAGACCACCUGAUUUGGUUUGUCAAAUUCUAUCCCCUUUUCUUAGAGUCAGGUUUUAAUCCUCUGUGUCAGAAUAUUUUUCCCCCAAAUUGAGAACAGCUUCAUUUUUCUUCUUGGCAAAGUCAAAGAAAAGGUACUUUAUCUUGCACCUGCAGCAUAGUGAAUCCCUGCCAAAUUUCACAGAUUUACCUUGUGAAAAGAUGUGGCCCCAUGUGAACAAAUUGCAUUUGUGGGAAAAUUAAUCACCUAAGAAGAUAUAAGAAAGCAGGUGUAAGCAGGAACUUAGCAAGAGUAAUGAGUACCAGAGACUACUGGUACUCUCUAAAUUGCACGCG